CACAAUCGCAGUCGCCAUUCAGCGAUGGCUCCAUCGCGGCUGUGAGACUUGUUGCAGUCAAAAUCAUGCGAAAAAUUUUCUAUGCGAGGUAGUUAUGACGAGCUCACUGUGCGUAAAAUUGCAGGAUCCUUGUGCUUUAUAUGUCGCGAGCACGGAUAACAAUUCAUCGGAAAGUAAUAUAGAAGUUCUUCCCGACAGUAUCCUGUUGGAGGUCUUCAACAAGCUCCCAUUUGUGUCUCUCUGCGUUGCUGGACGAGCAUGCAAGCGAUGGCACAGAGUAUCACGCGACAAAAGUCUUCGGCGGAUCGUCGACCUGUCGGCGACGUCCCUCCCCCUUGCCAAGGUGCAGUCACUCAUCCACCAUCAACUGUGCCCUCAAGUGCAGCAGCUGUACCUCCGAGGGUUCGUGGGCGCGUUCUACUCCGGUAGGACGCAGUGGAAGACGCGUACCAUCACUUCCAAGACGCUGUCCCUCCUUCAGAGCAAGUGCCCGUCCCUCGAAGUGUUGAACCUGCACAACGUCUUUCUAGCGACUAGCACAGUGAGCACGCGUAUGAGUGUCAAACACUUCCCACCCACCCUGAAACAGCUGAGCCUCCGUGGGUGCUUCUUUCACCCGACAGAUUUCUUCCAGUCCGACCCUUCCGUCGCCCUCCGUCUACUCCAAGUCCUGGACGUGGGCAAGUGCUUACUGUUGUCCAGCCACGACCUCCUGCGCUUUGCACACUGGACUUCCUUGCGAGUUCUCUGUUUCGAAGCCUGCCACCGCAUCAACGACGGGGGCAUUGAAAAUUUGGGACCGAUCUUGGAGGGCCUUCGUGUGGUCGAUAUAGAAGGCACGGACGUUAGUGACAAGGGAGUGACCACCCUGUUGACGCAGUGCCCCAGGUUGGAGUCUCUCUUUGCGGGCCACACAGCUCUCACUGGGGCAGCGUUUGUAGAGCAGGGCCCUUCUCAUAGUUUGGGCUUGAAGAAAGUGUGCCUGAUGAGGACGGCAGUGAGUGAGGACGCUCUGGUGGCCUUGGCAGCCCUGGCCCCGGGUCUCACCUCAUUGGUCGGGUCGGGGCCCAAAAUGUCUGGGGAGACCGUGCGAAAGCUGCGUGCUCGCUUGCCCCGUUGCUCCACUUUGCACUUUGAAGCAUUUGCUACAGGGAAAGACCGUUGCUGUGGACAUAUGGAAAGCGUUUCUUGUGCGCUCUAAUAGGUGAAAGCCUUUGCAUAAUUUUGUCAACAUUGCGAAUCAGCUGUUAAAAUAUUAUAGUGUGAUACUAAAGGGUGUUUUAAUAAUGA